UUGUGCGGCCGGAGUCCGGACACCGUCACCCGCGCGCAGCCGGCUCCCGAAGCACCGGCCCCUAAACCCUCAGCCAGCGUGUGGACAGCAUCACCCGUGAACUAUCCUCCAAGUGUUUACACAACGUGUCAAAGACCGUUCAAAACUACCGUGUUUUCUGACUCUUGAGACAAAGUGCUCGUGCAUCAUACAAAGUGCAAAACCAUUUCGGUUCCUCUAUUGGAUCUACUCCAUCAUAUUGAUACUGAGCUGAAAAUCAUCACAAGUGGUAUUGAAGAAAUGAGAAGACAAGAAUAUAUUGAUAGCCAGCUCAGUCUUGCUAUAGAAGUCAUUGUGCUGGUCUAAAUAAUGGAAAAGUGUAUCGUUCGAAUCAAGUAUAAACACUGCACUGGUCCGCCAAUUGAAAUUAUUUGUGUAAGCCCUGCAUUAGAGUAGAUUAUCUACCUACCGUUGAAACCUUAGUUACCGCCGCAGAAGCUACUGCCAAUCAAGUACAAGUCACUUCGCUUAACCUUUUUUUAUAUUUAGAUUCUAUACCGUAAUCAUUAGUACAAAAACAGUAGGAUCACUGUUUGAGUAUAUUGAAUGUAGCCGAGUUACCUCGGUCGAAUCGAAAAAACUGUAGUCAUGACGGCCACUGCUCCAGAAUUGUCAAAAACUGAUUUUUUCGAUUUCGUUACAUCAAAUGAAGUGACAGACGCUCAAUACAAACAACAAAUGCGAUCUGUGAAUGUAUUCAUGGAGUCACCCGAUUCACGAUCGAACCCUUUAUUGUCUGAAGAACCUAAAGAACAGAACAACAACAGCCUAUUGAGCGUCACUUGCAGCCAGUCCUCGACUAAUAACAGCAUGACUACUGCAACGAGUUCUAACGCACUACAAAGUUUCGAUUCAAUUUGGAAUGUAGAUCGUGAUCGUGACCGCUUGGAAACCGCUAUGUUAGAAGAUUUAAAUAAAUUUUAUUGGAAUCAAGAAAAUGAUAUUAAUGGAAACCAUUCUUGCACGGAUACUGCUAUUUCAAACAAACUAAUAAGCAACAAUACAGAUGGUCAAAUCUACACAUUAACUGUACUAAAUCAAGAUAACUGGAAGGAGGAAGACGUUUCAAUGUCUAGCCCAGCUGACAUGGAACAAAAUCCUUCAUUAGAUCUGGAAACAAUUUUAAAUAUUAAUGGGUUUCCUAGUGACUUUAAUCAAGAACCUUUAAAUACGUUGCCAAAAGUUGAAACCUUUUCCUAUGAAGAUAACGAUUCCGAAAAUCGAAGCAUAGAAUUAAGUACUAAUACUUUAGUAAAAGUAGAGCCAUUCACUUACAAUGAAAGCGAAUUUCAAAGCAAUGAUAAAAAACAACUACAGUGCGAGACGGCACGAAGUCCAGUUACUGGCACAUCUCUGAUAGAGGCUCAAGUUGAAUUCAACAAUAAUAACAAUGAUUGGAAAUUAACUGAUCAAAAUACUGAAGCAAAUGAAUCGCUUCUUAGAAGUGCAUUACAGGGAAAAGCAUUUAUUAGAUACAGCGCUCUGCAAAAAAAUGCUAUGGCAAAAAUUGACGCUGAAACUGAAUUAAAAAGGGUUAUUAUAAACAAUAAUAAUAAAGUGGAUGUUCCUUCAAUGUAUCAUGAUAAUAAGGAUCCUGAUGCAGGAUUACUGAUGUCGAUAGGUCCUCAGAAUGGAAACGUAAAUAUUUCUAUAUUACUAGAUGAUCCUACGGCUUCUGUUAUUUCAAAUGGAGACAAUUCAACGUCGACACCGACUGUGGAUGAUAUUUUAUUUUCCCAACUCGAUGCAACUUACACUGACGAUUACGAAAAAUUAAAGCGGAUUGCAACAGAAUUAGGGGAAUCAGUUCAACCGUUUUGCACAGUGGAACCCAUCGACCCUACGCGUAAUAUUUACAAUAUUCAUCACGUAAAUGGGGAAUUAGUUACAAUGAUCCCAGCUGGGGAAGUGCAAAUACCGCAACAUUUACAAAUUAUGACGGCAUCACCUACAGUAACAAGUACAAAGUCGAUGAGUAGAAAACACAAACGGUUUCAAAAUAAAACAUCGUCCCCCACGUCGCAAUCUCAAUCAGGGACUGCAAUACAAGCGGCCACGUCGACGUCCAACGGUGUUAGGAAAGAAAGAUCUUUGCAUUACUGUUCCAUAUGUUCUAAAGGAUUUAAAGAUAAAUACUCAGUAAACGUUCACGUAAGGACACAUACCGGAGAGAAACCAUUCACGUGUUCAUUAUGCGGUAAAAGUUUUCGACAAAAAGCUCAUCUCGCAAAACAUUACCAGACGCAUAUCGCACAAAAAAGUGCCGCUGCUAACGGUGCUUCCAAACCGACAAAACAGAGAUAACUCGCCUGCGUGUCGGCUCAUUCCAUUUUAAAAGAUAGUCAAUUAUAACUCAGAACAGUGAUAAUUAAUGUAUUAAAAUAAUCGAAUCUAUGAAGGCUGAAAUUUCACACAAGAAUUUGGUAAGGUGCUAAAUAGGUCUAGAGACAAAUAAUGUUGAAGAAUUUAUUUUGAAUGUGAGUUUUGUCCAUAACCGAUGACAGUUGUAUUUUUGUUAUUUUUGUAUGUAAUACCGUCCGUUACCGACAGUUAGUAGCUUUAGUUAGAUAGUGGCUAGGAUCUGUAGGAUUAAUAUUUUGUAUAGUAACAUUUGUACGCAAACGUACUUAAAAGUAUUUAUUCUCUGAUGACGAUGUACAAUCAUAUUAAUGUAAAGUCCUACCUAUCAGUAAUGACGUUUAGUUAAGUCUCAACAAUUGCCGAUAAACUGCCAUUGAGAUACUCAUUUGCUUUAGCUUUACACUAUAUUGUAAGUAGUUUUGUUUACUUUACUAUUACUUACUUGAACUGUAGCUUUCUAAUAAAAAUCUUUAUUCUACAAACUUCUUAAAUCGUAUCGAACCUUUGCAUACAUCGAGCUUUCACAAACAUCUCUGAACUGCUAGUAAUUUAUUAGUUGAAUGGAAUGUUUCUUUCUUAAAACUGUCUGUAAUAGUAACUAGUUACAAUUUAUUUCUAUUCUUGUAGGUGCAGUACCUGCAUUAGUGAAGGGUAGAAUUAAAUUUCUCCCUUUCUUUAUUUUUAAUAGAGAUAAUAGGAUUUCGCCCAGAUCACUAUAAAUAUCCAACAAAAGUGGCGGAUCUAAAUUGUAUUUCCUUUCUCGUCUAAUAAAUUGCCCCUUUCUUUGCUUUACUCGUGCUUUUAUGUCGUUAUCACGACCUGUUAUUACACAGAUACUCGAAACAAUACUCAAUUAAAAUUAAUAAUUACAUUUCAUACAGGAAUUGUGAUCUUUACUGAUACUAUAAAUUUAUUUCUUUAAUAUACAAUAUUCUAUAAAGAUAAUGGAAAUUAUAUUUGUUAUUUUAUUUCUGAUUGUUCACAUCGAUAUAACUUGUGUAAAGCAGAGAUCUAGAAAUAACUUAUAAUGUACUACUUUAAAAAAAAAUGUGUCAAUCGCAAGCCUUUAAUUAUCACAUGACAAUAUUUGGAGAUCGAAUUGUGACACAUACGUUAUGUUUUGUAAAGUAUUAUCAUAUUCAUAGAACUACAUCAUUGAGUCCACAAAAACUGUACGCACAUUAAAACAAGAAUUUAUUCAAAUAUUUGCUAGGAACGUGAAGAUAAUUCAUAAGUCAUGCGAAUAGUUAAAAGAAUAAUACUUUAAUUGAUUAAAGGUGAUUUGAAUAUUUCCUGAUUUAAACCACAAACAAAUCAUCAUAAUCACAAUUUUGUGUAAGUUAAGUCUUGCCAACCUUGUUUGUGGUGCGUUACAGACACAAACAUUAUUUAACAUUGAUCAAAAGUCAAGUAACACUAUUGUCAAAUCUACUGUCCUCAAAGUGAUGAGUUAUUUAGCUUAUUAUUUUGUUACAGAGUGAUUACUUAUAAGUUAAUAAACAUUUACGUAAUAGGCCUGUGUUUUUAGUAUCGUGGACACAUAUUUUUAAUACUCAUUUGCUAUAAAUAGCUGAACAAAUGGAAUACUGUUCGUAUUUGUGACAUGAUGUCUUGUAUCUCAUUAGAACGUAUUAAUUGAAGUUAGCGAAUUUAUAAAUUAGACAUAUUAUUUUGUUUAUAUAUUACUAUUUUAUUAAGUAAUAAGUUUCAGAGAUUUACCAAUUAGACUUAAGAAUAAUGACUACCUUCAUGAUCAUGUAUAAAGAGUGCACCUUCAUACAAUAAAUUAAUUAUCUUUUCAUAAUAUAUUAAUGAAAAAUAAUAUGAAGAAUUUUGGUAUCUUUUUUCGAUUUAUUGCAGAAAUUUGAGUUUUAUUGUAAUCGAAUAAUUAUUGCAUUUUGUUCCUGAGUUGGUUAUUAGAUUUUAUAGAUAAUAAUUAUUUUGUUUAUAAGAUUUUAUUGUAAUUUUACGCAUGAUUGAUUAAUAAUUUAAUAAGUUUAAGUUUAUUAGUAGUAAGCAGGAAGGACAUGUUUCAUUGUAAGUUGCAGCAGAGACGCUAGGCGAUUGUAAAUAUAAUAUGUAUGUUUAUUAUUUAUUUGGAGUACUUUUGCUCAAUUCAAGAUUUAUUAUAAAAUUAACAAAAUUUUCCAUUUCAUUUUUAUACGCCGUCCUGAACAACGACAUAAGUGCUUAUUUAUUGAAAGUAUCGCAUAAGUUGAUGAAUGAAAAUUGAUAAGAUUUUGAUUAAUCCGAGCUGUGAUUAUGUAUAAAAUAGAAACUCUUAUUGAAACAUAUUUGAUCGUCUCAAACUACCCACUAUGCUUGUUUUGGAUUAAAUAUUGGUACUAUGUAAUAACUUACAGCGUCCUAUAAUGAAUUAUUUUAAUUAUUGGACUUUUGGAAACAUUUUAACGUUUCUCUUUUUAUGAUGAUGAUAUGAAUACAUUCCAUUUUUUUUAAUCUGUGCAAUGCCUUAUUUUAAUUGAACUGAAAAUAAUUCAUGAUUUAUGUGUUAUACAGUUUCAAUCAAUCUUUAUAUUUACAAUUUUGUAUGAAAUUUCUAUCUUUUAUACCUUUCUACUUAAGUUUGCUAAUAAAAUGUUUUGAUAAUAA